AUGCCAGAACUUCCCGAAGUGACCACGGUCGUCAAUUACCUAGCCAAACAUUUGACCGGGGCUAGGAUUGAAGAUGUCAGCGUCGGGAAAGAUAAGUUCGUCAAAGAAAUCACCGCCGGUGUCUUCCAAACUAGGCUGAUCGGGCAGCAAAUUAACCAAAUUACUAACCGCGGUAAAUUCAUCGUUUUUCACCUCAGUCAGCAGACGGUCAUGCUUUCGCACCUUCGCUUAGAAGGUCGCUACCGCCUCGCCCAAGGCCAGCUCGUGCUCGGACCGCAAGACCACCUAGUUUUUCACCUUGACCAAAACCGCCACCUAAUUUACAACGACUCGCGCCAGUUCGGCACUUUUCAACUCCGCAAGUCAGACGACUGGCAGAAAGUGCCGCCGAUUAGUAAACUAGGUCCCGAUCCGUUUCAAAUUACGCCGCGGGAACUUUACCAAAAACUCCAAAAAACUUCGGUGGCGCUUAAAACGGUUUUGCUUGACCAGAGCGUGAUGGUCGGGCUGGGCAACAUUUACGUCAACGAAGUUUUGUGGGACCAAAAAGUUAACCCCUCUUUGCCAAGCAAAAAACUUGACUUAGCCGAAACUACUCAAAUUCUAACUAGCGCCCGCCAAAUCUUAAAAAAAGCGAUUGAGUUCGGUGGCAGUUCGAUUAAAACCUUUUUAGCUUUUAACGAUCAGGCCGGGCAGUUUCAAAAUUUUUUGAAAGUCCACGGCAAAGUUAACUUACCUUGUCCGCGCUGUCAAACCAAAAUCGCCAAAACCAAAGUUGGCCAACGCGGCACUUACUACUGCCCCAAUUGCCAGCGUUAA